AUGGCUCCUCACUUUGAAACGGUCAAGGUGUUCUUUCGCCGAUGUGGAACGAAAGGAUCCGAUGAGGUCGAUACGGAAGGAUUUCUGCUAGCGUCAGAUGGGCUAGUCGACAUGUUCGACCUGCUCGGUGCCGGGGUGUUCUCAUUCGUCCAGAUCGAUCUUCGAAACAACAUUGCUGGCGUGCGCCAGCGAUACGAAUCCCACGCCUCAAACUCGACUAGCUUGGAGGACCUUGGGUCUGGCAUUCACGUGCCUCGCGCUCCAGAAGACGCAGUCCGAACCGUCCUGCGCCUUGCAUGUGUGUUUUCGGCGCGCUUACGAUGUCGUUCUCAAGCACCAUCACACUUUCCUCGUGCGCUCUGUGGUGACUGUAAGCCGUCAGUCAGUCAAUCCACCUCGCGCUUAUGUGGAUGCAUGUGUGUGAUACAGAUCGCCAUCCGUGCUGUGCCUCGCCGGGACCAGUUCUACGCCGCGUUGUGCCAGGGCGAGGAUCGCGAGAAGUUUGAGCAGGAGCUGAGAAGGUGGCUCGACGGGCUGGAAGGGAUCGUCAAGCAGACCAAGUUGUUUCUGGAGGACGGGGGGUAUGGCCGGGUCUGAUGUGUGCUGGUAUUCCUGUUUCGACAGUAUCAAAACAUGACCGGAUGGAGACAGUCAGGAUUCGAGUCCUCGAUUCUGAAUCCCUCAUAGGACGGAAAUCCCGAUUGCUGAUUGCUAAAAUAUCACCAAAGCAGAGGAGUGUGAUCAUUGCUUCUACGAAAAGAUUCGAUCGGCCCCCGCGAGAAGGAAUAACUCAAUCGAAAACCAGUUCCAAUCUGUGCG